UUUCCGAUUCCUGCAAUAAGCCACACUAAUCGGAUUGUUUUGUUUUGUCGGCCGAUUAGCCGUAAAUAUCUACGUAUAUAUCUUUCAAAUUCGGUUGAAGUACUCAUCAUGGCUUUCCUCUAUAUACUAGGGUGGAUUUCCCUGGGCAUACAGAUCGUUUUCCUGACAUUAUCCAUAGUGGCUGGCCUGUAUUACCUGGCGGAAUUGGCGGAGGAAUACACGUCGGCGGCGAGGAAGUGCAUCCUCUUUCUGAUUAGCUUUACGAUCUUCGUAUACAUCCUGUUGAUGCUCUUCGAGGACCUGCCGUGGAGCCUUAUAAUAUGCGGAUUUGUGGCACAGGGUUUCCAUCUGGGGAUCAUGGGAGGAUUUCCCUUCGUGCGACUGCUCUCCCUUCCACUCCUGGGAUCCUUGGCCAUGCUGCUCGUCAAUCACUUCCUGGCCUUCCAGCAUUUCACCAGCGUUUAUGUGCCUUUUACGCAGGUGCUAGCUUACUUCACCAUCUGCAUGUGGAUCGUGCCCUUCGCCCUGUUCGUAUCACUCAGUGCUAAUGAUAGCGUCCUGCCCACCACCGUCAACGAUCAGAGCCGGCUCAGUCCGGACAUGGUCAGCAAUUACUUCUCGCGAAACAAGAAGCAGGGCCUGCUCUCCCUGUUCCAGUAUCUAAAGGAGGCCCUGCUCCCUGGACGGACCAAGAAAGCCUUCUAGAUGUAGUUUAUUUAAUGUUUAUUUAUUUUUGUAGCCGCAAUCGAGACAAAAGUAUACAAAACGUAUGUAAACUACGUUUAUGCAAUGAGA